AUGAAGUUCUUCUCGGAUUUGAUUUCUGUUGCUUUCAUCGCUGGCUCAGCGCUUGCUGAGACUAUCGAACUGGCGUAUCCCACGACUGGAACUACUAUCACGCGCGGAAAGACGCUCACAGUCGAGGUCCAGAGACCGCUCGCGCCCAUGGGCUGCUACGAGCUUGGCAUCGGCCUCACCAUCACCAGCUGCGCGACGGCGUUGUCUUGCCCCCACCCAGAGGCAGGCCCUCUCGGUUCUGUGCUGUACACGGGACCGUUCAACCCUACUGCGCAUCAGCAGGGAGGGUACUACCAGAACUUCACGGUCACGAUCCCGGAUACAGAUUUCUUGGCCACCGGCCCUGGUCUUUUCGUUCUUACACAUGCGUGUCUUCUCGGGGCUGGACCGUACCCUUUGAUGGAGUCUCGAAGUGUUGAUGUGACGAUUGUAUAA